AUGGAAACGCCCACCACUGAGCCCGCCGCGACCCCUGUGCCCGCCGUUGAGGGUGAGGAGAAGCUCAGCAAGAACGAGCUGAAGAGGAGGCAGAAGGCCGAAAGGGAUGCGAAGAAGAAGGCCGAGAAGCUUGCUGCGCAGAAGGAGAAGACUGCCGGAGCCGUUGCCACUGGUGGCAAGAAGCAGGCUGCCCUCGUCGAUGAGGAUCCCGUCGAUCCCUCCAAGUACUUCGAGAAUCGUCAGAACAUGCUGGCCGAGGCCGCUGCGGCUGGCAUCGCCAUCUAUCCCCACAAGUUCCACACGAACAUCUCCGUGCCCGACUUCGUUGCGAAGUACGCCCAUUUGGGCAAGGGCGAGCAGCUCAAGGAGGAGAAGGUGGCCGUCGCUGGCCGCGUCCUGCUCAAGCGCGCCGCCGGCGCCAAGCUGAUGUUCUACGAUCUCAGGGGCGAUGGCACCACCGUGCAGAUCCUUUCCGAUGCCCGUGAUUAUGAGGGCGAGGAGGAAUUCAAGCAGAUUCACUCUCUGCUUCGCCGAGGUGACAUCAUCGGUGUGGUCGGUUUCCCCGCCGUCUCCAACCCCAAGGGCAGGGACAAGGGUGAGCUCUCCAUCACCCCCACCAAGAUCGUGCUUCUGUGCCCGUGCCUUCACAUGCUGCCCAAGAACACCCUUACCGAUCCCGAGGUGAGGUUCAGGCACAGGUACCUCGACCUCAUCGUCAACCACGAGGACGUGCGCCCCACGUUCUUCACCAGGACCAAGAUCAUCAAGUUCGUCCGCAGCUUCCUCGACGAGAGGGGCUUCCUCGAGGUGGAGACGCCCAUGAUGAACAUGAUUCCUGGUGGUGCUGCGGCCAAGCCCUUCGUCACCUACCACAACGAUCUCGGCAUGGACCUGUACAUGCGUAUCGCUCCCGAGCUCUACCUCAAGCAGCUCGUUGUCGGCGGCAUCGAGCGUGUCUACGAAAUCGGUCGCCAGUUCAGAAAUGAGGGCAUCGAUCUCACCCACAACCCCGAGUUCACCACGUGCGAGUUCUACUGGGCCUACGCCGACUUCCACGACCUGCUCGAGAUCAGCGAGCAGAUGAUCUCCAGCAUGGUCAAGGCCAUCACUGGUGACUACAAGGUGGUCUACCACCCCAAGGGCAAGGGCAGCGAGGAGUCUGUGACGAUCGAUUUCACUCCCCCCUUCAGGAGGGUGUCUAUGAUCGACGGCCUCGCCGAGAAGGGCGUCGUGGUGCCCGGCGGUGACUUCUACUCUGAGGAGGCCCGCGUGUACCUCCUCGAGAAGGUCAAGGAGUUCGGCAUUGAGUGCUCCCCGCCCCACACCACCGCGCGUCUGCUCGACAAGCUCGUCGGCGAGUUCAUCGAGCCCACCUGCAUCAACCCCACCUUCAUCACCGAGCACCCGCAGAUCAUGUCGCCCCUCGCCAAGUGGCAUCGCUCCAAGCCCGGUCUCACCGAGCGAUUCGAGCUGUUCGUCAACACCAAGGAGAUCUGUAACGCCUACACCGAGUUGAACGACCCGGCGAGGCAGAAGGCUUGCUUCGAUGCCCAGGCCAAGGACAAGGAGAUGGGUGAUGAUGAGGCUCAGCUCGUCGACGACGUGUUCUGCUCCUCGCUCGAGUAUGGUCUCCCGCCCACCGCCGGUUGGGGCAUGGGUAUCGACCGCAUGACCAUGUUCCUCUCCGAUAACAUCAACAUCAAGGCACCCUCCUCCUUUGGUCGAUGUGAGGUGCUGCUGUUCCCCGCCAUGAAGGACCCCUCGCAGGUCAAGAAGGAGGCCGAGCAGAAGCAGUAA